GCAGGAGCUGCCGCUGCAGCCGGCUGCGGGGUGGGAUUCACUGGGCCAUCGCAGGGAGCAAAGCUCGGCUCUCCGCGUCUUUGCUUUCGCCCGCCCUGGCCUCCUCCUCGCCGCGUCGGUCCGCUGGUCGGGUCCGGCUGACCAGCUUGCCCUCCGGCUCCGAACCGAGGCUCCAAGGCCGCCAAAGGGACCCGCCCACCAGACCCAGCCAGGGGCCGCCCGUCUGCCUGUUUGGAUCCUGCCGUUGACGACACCUGGCAGAAGGCUACCAUGGAGGGGGAUGGUUCAGACUCGCUGGUUACCAUUAAGAAUAUCGAAAGAGAGCUCAUUUGCCCGGCAUGCAAGGAGCUGUUUACCCACCCGUUGAUUCUCCCUUGUCAACAUAGUAUCUGUCAUAAAUGUGUAAAAGAACUCUUACUGAUGCUUGAUGAUUCAUUCAAUGACGUGGGAUCAGACAACUCCAAUCAGAGCAGUCCUCGACUCCGGCUUCCCUCCCCUAGCAUGGAUAAAAUUGACAGAAUUAGCAGACCAGCAUCACAACGGAGAUCUUUGGGGUGGAGAGGUCAUAAGAAGAUAUUAAAUGGCUGGAAGCGCAAUUCAUUGACCCCUAGGACAACUACUUUUCCUUGUCCUGGCUGUGAACAUGAUGUGGAUCUUGGAGAACGGGGAAUCAAUGGUCUGUUUCGAAAUUUCACUUUGGAAACUAUUGUUGAAAGAUAUCGUCAGGCAGCCAGGGCAGCCACAGCCAUUAUGUGUGACCUUUGUAAACCACCACCUCAAGAAUCCACAAAAAGUUGCAUGGACUGUAGUGCAAGCUACUGCAAUGAAUGCUUCAAAAUUUAUCAUCCUUGGGGUACUGUAAAAGCACAGCAUGAAUAUGUGGGCCCAACUACGAAUUUUAGACCCAAGAUUUUAAUGUGCCCAGAACAUGAAACGGAGAGAAUAAACAUGUACUGUGAAUUAUGUAGGAGGCCAGUUUGUCAUCUCUGUAAGUUGGGUGGUAAUCAUUCCAACCACCGUGUAACCACUAUGAGCAGUGCCUACAAAACCUUAAAGGAAAAGCUUUCAAAAGAUAUUGAUUACCUUAUUGGCAAAGAGAGCCAGGUGAAGAGUCAGAUUUCUGAACUAAACUUAUUAAUGAAAGAAACGGAGUGUAAUGGAGAGCGGGCUAAAGAAGAAGCAAUUACACAUUUUGAAAAGCUCUUUGAAAUCCUAGAAGAAAGGAAAUCAUCUGUUUUGAAGGCAAUUGAUGCUUCUAAGAAACUAAGAUUAGACAAAUUUCAGACUCAAAUGGAAGAGUAUCAGGGGCUGCUAGAGAACAACGGACUCGUGGGAUACGCUCAAGAAGUGCUGAAGGAGACAGAUCAGUCUUGCUUUGUUCAGACCGCAAAACAGCUCCACCUCAGAAUACAGAAAGCUACAGAAUCUUUGAAGAGCUUUAGACCUGCGGCUCAGACUUCUUUUGAAGACUAUGUUGUUAAUACAUCUAAACAAACAGAACUUCUUGGAGAAUUGUCCUUUUUCUCUAGUGGCAUAGAUGUGCCAGAGAUCAAUGAGGAACAGAGCAAAAUUUAUAACAAUGCUUUGAUAAAUUGGCACCAUCCAGAAAAGGAUAAAGCUGAUAGCUAUGUCCUCGAAUAUCGAAAGAUUAAUAGAGAUGAAGAAAUGUUGUCUUGGAAUGAGAUAGAAGUGUGUGGCACAAGUAAAGUCAUUUCCGAUCUUGAAAGUAAUUGUAACUAUGCUUUCAGAGUAAGAGCCUACAAGGGUUCAAUCUGCAGUCCUUGCAGCAGGGAAUUGAUUCUUCAUACUCCUGCAGCUCCAGUUUUUAGUUUCCUUUUUGAUGAAAAAUGCGGCUACAAUAAUGAACACCUCUUGCUGAACUUGAAGAGAGACCGUGUAGAGAGCAGAGCUGGAUUUAAUCUUCUGCUUGCUGCGGAGCGGAUCCAAGUGGGUUACUACACAAGCUUAGACUACAUCAUUGGAGAUGUUGGAAUUACAAAAGGGAAGCACUUUUGGGCCUUCCGUGUAGAACCAUAUUCAUACCUGGUAAAAGUGGGAGUUGCUUCCAGUGAUAAACUACAAGAAUGGCUCCGGUCUCCCCGGGAUGCAGUUAGUCCAAGAUACGAGCAAGACAGUGGGCAUGACAGCGGAAGUGAGGAUACCUGUUUUGAUUCUUCACAACCCUUUACGUUAGUUACUAUAGGCAUGAAGAAAUUUUUUAUUCCCAAGUCACCUACUUCUUCUAAUGAACCUGAAAAUCGAGUUCUCCCCAUGCCAACAAGUAUAGGGGUUUUCCUCGACUAUGAUAAAGGCAAAGUGGGUUUCUAUGAUAUGGAUCACAUGAAAUGCCUUUAUGAGCGCCAAGUGGACUGUUCGCAUACUAUGUAUCCAGCAUUUGCAUUAAUGGGCAGUGGAGGAAUUCAGCUUGAAGAACCCAUCACAGCAAAAUAUCUAGAAUACCAAGAUACCAUGUAGUUUAAGCAUCUGAUGUGACUUAGGAUAAAAAAUGUGAGCAAAAUAAUGCCUUGGUGUUAACCUUUGUAACUAAUUACAUAUCAUCUAAGUAUCCAGAAAAUGUGAGCAAAAUAAUGCCUUGGUGUUAACCUUUGUAACUAAUUACAUAUCAUCUAAGUAUCCGGUCGCCACACUUGUUUUUUGUGUAUGUUUCUUCUUAAAACCGAAAACCUAAACAGCCUUCCUGCCUUUCACAAACACCGGGAAAAAGACACUUUUUCAUAGUUAACACUGAAAUGGUUAACUGGAUGAUCUUUUUAUGCACGGGAAAUCUAAUUUAUUUAUGUCAGCUUGUGUUGCUGAUACUUACAUUCCUUGUUUCGGGGUUGGGGAAGGGAUACAAAAGUAUUUAUUAUGCUUCUUUUGUGUUUGGUUUUUCAUUUUUAUAUCAUGUUUAUGUCCUAAGAGAAGAUAUUUUUUAAAUGCCUUCUGGAUAGAAAUUAGUACUAAGCAUUGUGUUGUGCAUUCGUUUUUAAUGGGAAAACAAAGGUAUAGAUAGGUAAAAAAGGCCAUAGAAAUGGUAGUAUGUUUAAAUGGAAAAUUAUGUAUUUAAUAUUCAGAAUAUAUUGCCUGGAAAAUGAAUACUACUGUUUUUUUUUUAAGACCACAAACUGUAUUCUUAAGGACAUUUUUAAGAGUUCUCUUAGCUGUAAUGCCCAUACUUGCAUGUGUAGGAAACAUGGUUUCUUGCAGGAAACACAAAAUUCUUGGCUGACACACGAAGCUUUUCACUGCAUAUGAUUUUUUGGGAAAUUUUUUUUCUUCAAUUUUUUUUUUUAGUUCCUCUAUGAAAAUAUUUGAGCUUAUAUCAAAUAAUUAUUUUUCGUAAAUAUUAGUGAAGAUACACUGAUAAUUAUCAUAUUCUUUUUUUUUUUUAGAAGA